UAGAAGCAUUCGACAAGUGAAUUUGAUUUAAAAAAAAAACACACACAUACCAAAUAAACGAACAUUAAUUUAAAAAAAAAGUAAAAUUGAAAAAAUGAUUUUCAAGCAAAGUGUAAUUUUGAUGGUGAUUGCCAGCCUGGCUAUUAUUGCCAGCGGCAAUGGUUUGCCAGAAGAAGAUACCAACAUAAGUUUACUAAGUUUUAUGGCACGUUCCAGCAGUUUAAUGCAACGCAAUCCUUCACGCUCUUUGCAAUGUUUCGACUACUACAUUCCAUUGAUCGAUAAGAUUGCAAAAGAGUAUGAGAGCAAUUAUGGUGCAUGUGUGCAGACCUCCCUGGAGGGACGUAAUGCAGCUGAAGCCGCUACUUCGGAUAAACGUGAAGAUUUAGCUUCUCGUGCCGAAAACUCAUGUAAUUUAUUGAGUCAAUGUAGUGAAAUUGAAUCGGCUGAAAAAGUAUUUGAAUGUUUUGUUGCUGGGGGCUCUGAAAAUGCCAAGACUAUGUAUGGCAUUAAUGCUGAUGCUUCUGAACAUUUAUCGGACUUGCAAGAAGAAUUCCGUCUAAUAAACAACAGAGAAUUCAAAUGUACUAACGAAACUAAACGUACAUAUGAAAAAGAUUCCGCUAAAGCCUAUGAAGAUUUAAACAGUUGUAUUUUGGGUAUUACUGAGGUGCCUUCAACUACUGAAGCUCCUGAGGUAACUGAGGGUCCUGAAUCAACUGAAAGUCCUGAAUCGACCGAAAGUCCUGAAUCACCCGAAAGUCCUGAAUCACCUGAAAGUCCGGAGGCAACUGAGGGUCCUGAAAGCCCCGAAAGUCCUGAAUCACCUGAAAGUACUGAAUCCCCUGAAAGUCCUGAAUCGCCCGAAAGUACUGAAUCCCCUGAAAGUCCUGAAUCACCCGAAAGUCCUGAAUCACCCGAAAGUCCUGAAUCCCCUGAAAGUCCUGAAUCACCCGAAAGUCCUGAAUCACCCGAAAGUCCUGAAUCACCUGAAAGUCCUGAAUCACCCGAAAGUCCUGAAUCACCCGAAAACAAACUGCCAGAAGAAGAUCUUUCUUUACUUCGCAAGACAAUCCGGUCUCGUCUUCAUAAAUUAAGACAUUAAGUGUAAAGUUUGUAAUCUUUUUUUUUGAACAAGUAUUAUAGAAAUGUAAAUCGUAUGUGUAACGAGCCAAAUCAGUGUAAUUAUGCAAUUAAGUUAUUUUUGUUUUCAAAAUCUAAUACACUCAAAUUGGAUUUAUUUUGUGUAUAAAUAAGUAAAGUUUUUAAUAAAUAUAUUCUUGAUUCUAAAUUUAAAAGUA